ACCGUACGUAGCAACGAGUUUGUCAUACAACUUUUAACAGCAGAGGACUUUUCAAUCGAUUUGUAUUGAAAUAUGGAAGAAAACGAAUGCAUUACAAACGAAAAACAAUCAAUGACUGUACCAGAGGUUGCAGUUAUGGAUGAAAAUAAUAGCGACGGAAUGAACGGAAAUGGUGCGAAAAAACGAAGACGGAAGCGUUCUCAGAAACAAUUGGAGAGAUGGAUGAGGUACCGUGAAAAGAAAUAUCUAGAGAAAGUAAAGAAUGCUAGAAAAAAGCAAGAAGGUACCGUGGCUGUUGUUGACGCACAGCAAAACCCCGCAACAAAUGAAUUCCCAAAGGUAGUUGUUUCUAACUUAAGACCAGAGGCGGAAGAAUUUGUACCAAGAUCUUUUACUUCGACCUUCUCCAAGCAACUUUCCCUGCCAAACGACGAUUCUCAAAACCAGGUGAAUGACGAGAUCGCGGCCAACUCCGUUGGAAAUGAUGCUUGUGAAAGUGUAAGUGAGAGAGAUGACAGCAUCUGUGGCGUUUUGUCAAUCUACGCUGCUAGUGAACUUCACAGUUCUAUUGAUAAGGUGGCGUACUGCACUAUAAAAGAUGCUCAACAUGAUUUUGGAUACCUUUACUUUUCUCUUUCAAAUUUGUAAAUUCAUAUGAAAAUAAAUGAAAAAAAUUGGAUACAA